GCCUUUCGUUCACGACGCGUUUUGCCUUAGCCUCUUACCGCUUAAGCCUUUACGACUACCAACAUGAUGAAAUCUGUCGGUCUUGUCCUUCUUCUCACAGCAGCCUUUGCCAACUCCGGUGUUGAAGGCCACUCAAUCGCCAAUGCGUGUGCAGCGGCCCUCUCCAGGAAAGUGACGGACGAAAUCAACAUGGGUGAUCCCCUGUAUGCCUGCAUGUCGACUCCAGCCUGGUCUGCAGUCGCACGUGUUAGUGGCUGCGAGAACUCAAACUUCGCAUACGGCCCUCCUAAGUGCCAAGUUCUCGCAGCUCCCUUCAUGAAAUGUGUCGCGGGAAAAAGUGGUUACUUGAACGCUGAUGGCUCGAUCAACAACACAAAGAUCUUAGCCCAGUUCAAGACUUGGGCCACCAGCGACCCCAAGUGCAACAUUACUCAGUACGACUUCGCUGUGAAGAAAUGUGGCACUACCAUCAACAACUACGCGAUCCUGCCGAAGGCCUACUGCAUCGUCCAGGAAGUUUGAUGACCUGCACAAUCUGGUCCUCAUUCCUUCAUCUGAUUGGCGGCUUUGAAUUGUUUACAACAGGAGCACAAUAAUACCACAUUCUCCAGCAAUGCGUCCACGUGCAGUAAAAAUUGUCUAAUCGGAAAUUCAUUGUAAUUUGUG